AUGGGUGAUCCAAAUCGGUGGUUGGAGUCCUGUCUGCAGGCGAAGAUCUUCGGGUUGGACAAGGUAGUCAAAUCUGUGACGAAAGCAAUGAAGGUGUUGGCAUGUGUUCGACGGCGGCAAUUGCAGAAGCUGCUUCAGUCGGAGGACUAUAUGCUGCACGCGGAUCUCUGA